UUGAGAGCACGCAGUUAAAAUACUGUUUCUCUAACAUGAGUUUUUGUGAAUAAUCAAAAAACUGAAACACAUGAAUUGGUUGGUGAAUUCAAAAAUUUCAUUGUCAGAUUAGUUGCGAGAUUUAUAAUCUUAUUCGUGCUAAAACGAUUUCGUAUUGGUGUUUUUUUUUUUUUUAAUUUGGUGAUCAUUGAAAACCAUAUAAGUAGUCGAUAUUGCGAAGUGUGGUACUUCCCGAGUUUGUGAAAGUUUGUGAAAUAUAAAAAGUUGAAUCCACGUGUUUCUCCGAGUGAACUUUUUUCUCCAAUAUUUUUUUAAAUUGAAGAAAAUCAGACACCGCCGUGAUGGAUGGACAUUCUCCAGUGCGGCUAUCGGCAGUUUUACGAUGCGGGGAGUGACGAAGAAGAGGCUCUCGCUGAGGCGACGAGAGCUGUGGAGGAAACGGAUCUAGAGCGUCAAACCGCCCUCUACCAACCGCAGCAUGAGGAGGGGGUAGGGGAAGAGCCUAGGGCGAGCACCUCGGCAGCAUCGGCCGAACCGAUACCGCUGCAGCCCGCGUCUGAUGACGACGAGGCGUCGACUAUUCUCAACCCCUCCUUGAUGUUUAGCGACCGGUCUGAUAUACUGGCUGUGUACCGGCAAGCCAGAGCAAACGAUGACGACGGAGCGAUAGCGGGUCCAUCGUAUCACCACCAUCGUCAGCAGGAAGAUGACCUCGUACAGCCCGAGAAUCAGCUGGGGGUGUAUCCGAUGGAUGCUCAACAGGAGGAGGAGGAGGAGGAGGAGGGGGAGCGUCUAAACGAGGAGCGAUUAUAAGCUAGACGCUUCGCCCUAUGGUUUCAUGCGCUGAUGGAGUGUGAUUCAGAGAACCAGAGUUCGAGAGUGUUGACACUACAUGACCAGUUUUGAUGAAUAGAUAGAUAUUAUGUAUUUCAUUAGACGAUGAAUUUUCUUUUAUUUAUCCCAUACGUCGUAAUGUCAGACCUCUGUUUUUUAUACCAUCAAAAACUGACUGAUGGUAUUGCAUAUAUAAAUAUCGAUUCAAGAAUUUUAUUCCACUGGAUCGGUACAGCGAAUAUCAUGAUCAAUCGCUGCUCAUUAUUCCUGUCGUGGGGACACGAGUUUUCAUGGAAACGGAUUAUAGCUGGUAUCAAGAUACUUUUGAUGCUGUUCUAAGCAAACAUAGCAAUCUACGAAUGUGUUAGUAACUUUCUGUUAGAGAAUUUUUAAAUUAGCUAAAAAAUCAUUUUUCAAAUUGUGAAAGACUCCUGGCUUCGUAAUUCAAGAAAACGAUUUAUCAAUUUUACCCCCACUACCGAAAUUUAUUUUAUUCAGAAAUAAUAAUAUGAGAGCCUUGGCCUAGCAGACGACAGGGCUAUCUAUGUACUUGUCUCGCGACUCUACCGAAUCUCUUGAUUAGCAUAAGAUUGUUCAUUUAUUAAUAAUCAAAAUAUUAUCAACCCACAGUCUAAUUUAAUAAAACUUGUUUUUGUGUCCAAACCUUUAAUAAAGAUAUUCAAACAACCGCUAACGUGUCAAUACAGAAGAGUUAUGUAGCAUUACUUGGCACA